AUGUCCUGUGUGCAUUAUAAAUUUUCCUCCCAACUCAACUAUGGUACCGUUAUCUUUGAAGGACCCCACAUCUCUGUGUGUGAUUUGAAGAAACAAAUCAUGAAGAAAGAGAAACUCAAGGCUCCUAACUGCGAGCUACACAUCAGCAAUGCAGACACAAAAGAAGAGUACACGGAUGACAAUGCCCCGAUUCACAGGAAUUUCUCCGUUAUUGUAAGAAGAGUUCCUGCUGGAGGUAUUGUAGCUACGAGCAGGACACGUGUUUUAGAUCUAAAUAAACGAGUGAAAAAGGAAACUCAAAUGAAGAUUGACUCUUCUGCAUCUGCUCCUGUGGCCCAGUAUAUAAAGUUUGCAAAUCUGACUGAAGCCAUUGCUUCUGAAGAAGACAAAAUUAAAGCAAUGAUGAUACAGUCUUUCCAUGUAUAUGAUCCGAUCACUUACACGAAGACACCUCCGGGUCCACCUCCACCAUCUUAUACCUGUUUCCGGUGUGGGAAACCUGGACAUUAUAUAAAGAAUUGUCCAACAAAAGGGGAUAAAAACUUUGAACCAGUUCCCAGAAUGAAAAAGAGUACUGGAAUUCCUAGAAGUUUUAUGAUGGAGGUGAAAGAUCCGAACAUGAAAGGGGCGAUGCUUACCAAUACUGGAAAAUACGUAAUCCCAACUAUAGAUGCAGAGGCAUAUGCCAGGGGGAAGAAAGAAAAACCACCUUUCCUACCAGAGGAACCAUCAUCUUCAUCAGAAGUGGAGGACCCUAUCCCAGAUGAAUUGCUAUGUCUAAUCUGCAAAGAUAUAGUGACUGAUGCUGUUGUCAUACCUUGCUGUGGAAACAGUUAUUGUGACGAAUGUAUAAGAACAGCAUUGCUGGAAUCAGAUGAACAUACAUGUCCAACUUGUCAUCAGAAUGAUGUAUCUCCUGAUGCUUUAGUUGCCAACAAAUUUUUGCGCUGGGCUGUUGAUAACUUCAAAAAUGAAACUGUUUAUACGAAAAAGUUUCAAAAUCAAAUAUGGCCACCCCCACCUCCAAGGCCACUGAUGAGACCUCCAAUUUCAAGACAGCAGGACCCUUUGAUGAUUCCAGUGACAUCUGCAUCUACUCAUGCUGCUACUGCUUCUGUAUCAUCAUCCAUGACUCCUAAUCAGUCUUCCCUAUCCUCUGCUGCACCUAUAAAUCAACCUUCUACUCCAGCAUCGGUUCCCGAUAGAACUGCCACAGUGUCCAUAUCAGAAAAACCAGAUGGGCCUUUCCGUGAUCCUGAUAAUAAAAUCAUACCCGCUGCAACUUUGGUAUCAGAUCAUCCCAAAGCUUCUUCAUCAACAGCAAUUAGUGCACUAAUGGAAGAAAAGGGCUCUCAGGUACCUGUACUUGGAACACCUUCUUUGCUUGGCCAGUCCUUUUUGCAUGGGCAGUUGAUACCUACAACUGGUUCAGCAAGAAUAAAUACUGCUCAUUCUGCUGCUGCUGUUAGACCUGGUUGGGAACCAAGCAUAAAUCAAGGGCAACAUCUUGGUGAAUAUUCACAGAGGACUCAAGGCCCAUCACUACCAGAAACACCUGUACCACCACCUCCUUUGUAUCUACUACCUUCCCCCACACUUUGUCUCCCUCCAGGUGUUCCACCACCUCAGUUCCCUCCUCAGUUUCCACCUGGGCAACCACCACUGGCUGGCUACAGUGUCCCUCCUCCAGGUUUCCCUCCAGCACCUACAAAUUUAUCAGCACGUUGGGUAUCAACAGCAGUACAAACAGCUCCUCCAAAUACCAUCCGAACAACACAAGCUCUCCCCUUAUCCAGGGAAGAGUUCUACAGAGAGCAAAGAAGACUAAAAGAGGAGGAAAAGAAAAAGUCGAAACGCGAUUUUGCUAAGGAAUUGAUGGAAUACAAAAAGAUUCAAAAGGAGCGUAGAUGCUCAUUUUCAAGGUCUAAAUCGCCACAUAGUGGCUCCUCUCAUUCAAGAAGUUCAUAUGCCUAUUCAAAAUCAAGAUCUGGUUCCUCGAAUUCCCCUUCCUAUUCUCGAUCCUAUAGGCAUUCACACCGUCUAUAUCCCAGAAGAGUCAGAGGGAAAAGUCGAAAUUAUCGUUCAAGAUCCAGGUCUCAUGGAUAUCAUAGCUCCAGAUCAAGGUCGCCCCCAUAUAGGCGAUAUCAUUCACGAUCAAGAUCCUCUCCAGUUUUGAGAGAACAGUCUCCUAACAAGCAGAAUAUACCUCAAGAAGAAACAGGUCACCGCAGUCACAACAGAGGUAGCAAUUACCCAGAAAAGCUUUUAGCAAGAGAUGGUCACACCAUGAAGGACAGUGCCAAGUCAAAAGAGAAGGAUCAUGAAAAUCCACCAGGAGAUGGAAAGGGAAACAAACAUAAGACACAUCGAAAGAGAAGAAAGGGGGAAGAAAAGGAAGGAUUUCCUAACACAGAGUUGCUAUAG